AUGGGCUGCUUCACAUUCAUCAAAUUGAUGAUGGGCUUGUUCAACUUGCUUAUCUCUCUGGGGGGCCUGACCCUGCUGGCCAUGGGAAUCUGGGUAAGCGUGGACGGGGGCUCCUUCCUACAGCUGCUUGGGCCAUUCUCCAGCCAAGGCAUGCAGUUCGUCAAUGUGGGCUUUUUCUGCAUCGCCAUCGGGGCCGUGCUGGUGCUGCUGGGGCUGCUGGGCUGCUGUGGUGCCCACAAAGAGAGCAAGUGUCUGCUGCUCACGUUCUUCUCCAUCAUCCUCAUCAUAUUCAUUGCUGAAGUGGCGGCAGGAGUGGUGGCUCUGGCCUACUCUUCAUUUGCUGAGGGGAUCCUCAGAGCGUGGGCGACCCCUGCUUUACAGAGAGAUUACGGCAGUGACCCUGUGGUCACCAAGAUCUGGAACGCCACCAUGACAGAGCUGGGGUGCUGCGGCUUCACCAACUACACAGACUUUGUGGGCUCCAAGUUUGAAAAGGAGAGUGGAGGCAGCCUGCCGCCCAGCUGCUGCCGGACCGACAGCGCCCCCUGCAGCCGGGACGAGGCAGAGCGCAGCACUGUGCAGGGCUGUUUUAAAAACAUCCUGGAGACCCUCAAAGAGCAGGCGAACGUUGUGGGAGGAAUCGCAGCAGGAAUCGGAGUCUUAGAGAUCGCCGCCAUGAUCGUGUCUAUGUACCUGUACUGCCACCUGGACAACAGAGUCAGCUGAGACUCCUUCAGAGACGGCCGUGACAUAGAUGGACCACAUGUGAUGCAGUUUUGACAUCAACAGUAUUUAACAAUGUCAGGCUCGCAUUCUCUUGUCUUUUUAGUUUUCCCCUUUCUUUCAGGGACACA